AUGUUCCUCUCCGACUUCCGCAAGGAGUUCUACGAGGUGAUUGUGACGCAGCGUGUUCUUCUUCUUGUUGCUUCAGAUGUAGAUGCAUUAUGUGCUUGUAAAAUACUCCAAGCUUUGUUUCAAUGUGAUCAUGUACAAUAUACACUAGUCCCGGUAUCUGGAUGGCAAGAACUUGAAACUUCAUUUCUUGAACAUAAAGAUCAGUUCCAAUAUUUUGUUCUUAUAAACUGUGGUGCCAACGUUGACCUCCUGGAGAUCCUGCAGCCUGAAGAAGAUACAUUUUUCUUUAUCUGUGACACUCACAGGCCUAUCAAUGUAGUGAAUGUUUACAAUGAGACGCAGAUUAAGCUGUUGAUUAAGCAGGAUGAUGACCUUGAAAUUCCUGCCUAUGAUGAUAUCUUCAGAGAUGAAGAGGAGGAUGAAGAUGAUUCUGGGAAUGAAAGUGAUGGAUCAGAGCCUUCAGGGAAGCGCAAACGAUUUGAAGAGGAUAUUAUGGAGAGAACAAUGAAAAGAAGACAGAGGAGAGAGUGGGAGGCACGUAGACGAGAAAUUCUCUUUGAUUAUGAGCAAUAUGAAUACCAUGGAACCUCGUCUGCCAUGGUGAUGUUUGACUUGGCAUGGAUAAUGUCUAAAGACUUGAAUGACAUGUUGUGGUGGGCUAUUGUUGGGCUUACAGACCAGUGGGUUCAAGAUAAAAUCACACAAAUGAAGUAUGUGACUGAUAUUGGAACUUUACAGCGUCAUGUGUCCCGGCAUAACCACCGCAAUGAAGAUGAAGAGAACUCCCUUUCUAUUGAUUGCAUGAGAAUAGCAUUUGAGUAUGAUCUGCGCCUGGCUCUUUAUCAACAUUGGUCCCUAUUUGAAAGCCUCUGUAACACUUGUUAUACUUCUGCCAGUCUCAAACUUUGGUCUGUACAAGGGCAGAAGAGGCUUCAGGAGUUUUUUGCUGACAUGGGUUUGCCUUUGAAGCAGGUGAAGCAAAAGUUUAAUUCCAUGGACAUUUCCUUAAAGGAGAACCUGCAGGAAAUGAUUGAAGAAUCUGCCAGCAAAUUUGGAAUGAAAAACGUAAGAGUACAGACCUUCAGCAUUCACUUUGGUUUUAAGAACAAGUUCUUAGCAAGUGACAUCGUCUAUGCAACAGCUUCUCUAAUGGAGAAUAUAGAGAAAGAUGAACCUGGAACUGAUAAUUUUAUCAAGGCUUUGGACAGUCUUUCCAGGAGUAACCUGGACAAACUGCAUCAAGGGCUGGAACUAGCUAAAAAACAACUUCGUGCCAUUCAGCAGACUGUAGCCAGCUGUAUUUGCACCAAUCUUGUAAUCUCUCAGGGGCCUUUUCUCUAUUGCUAUCUAAUGGAGGGCACUCCAGAUGUGAAACUGUUCUCCAAACCAGUGUCUCUGUGCCUGCUCAGUAAAUAUUUACUCAAGUCUUUUGUUUGCUCUACAAAAAACAAGCGCUGUAAGCUGCUGCCACUGAUAGUAGCAGCGCCGAUGGAUGUUGAACAGGGUACAGUGAUCAUGGUGGGAAUUCCUCCAGAGACAGAAAGCUCCGACAAAAAGAACUUUUUUGGGAGAGCAUUUGAAAAAGCUGCAGAAAGCACAAAUUCUAGGACUUUACAUAACCACUUUGACAUGUCUAUAAUUGAACUGAAAAUGGAAGAUCGGAGCAAAUUUCUGGAUGCACUUAUUUCUCUCUUGUCCUAA